UGGCACGGUGAAAGCAUCUCUCGAAAAUGCUGAGUCUUAAGUUCUGCAUUGGCCUCGGCCUGCUGACCAUCGUUUGGAGUGCUGCGGUUCCUGGAAAGGCGCCCGUGGACGAGGAGCGAAUGCAUCCACAUCUGCCCACCAGUCCCAGGCUGCGUGCGAUUUCCGGCGAGGAAACCCAGGAGUUCUGGCACUCGGCCAGCAAGAAACUCAUCCGCGAGAAGUUGGAGUUCGUGAGAAAUACCAAGAAGGCCAAGAACAUUAUUUUGUUCUUGGGCGAUGGCAUGGGACUGGCUACUCUGGCCGCUGCCAGGAGUUACAUUGGUGGCGAGGAGCUGAAGCUCUCCUUCGAGGAAUUCCCCUUCACGGGUCUAUCGAAAACCUAUUCGGUGGACAAAAUAGUCCCCGACAGCGCCUGUACCUCGACCUCAUACCUGUGCGGAGUGAAGGCGAACUACGGAACCAUCGGCGUUAAUGCGCAUGUGAAACGAGGUGACUGUGCGGCGAUGGCCAACGAAUCGAACCAUGUCUUCUCUCUGGGAAAAUGGGCCAUGGAUGCGGGCAAAGCUGCUGGCCUGGUGACCACCACCCGAGUGACCCACGCCUCGCCGUCCGGAGUCUAUGCCCAUGUCGCCGAUCGCGAAUGGGAGAACAACGCUGUUCUGGAGGAGGCCUGUGGUGAGCUGUCGGAAGGUCUGCAGGACAUAGCUGUCCAGUUGAUCCACGGAGAGGUGGGCAGUAAACUCAAGGUCAUGCUGGGUGGAGGCAAGCGAAGCUUUUACAGUCCGGAACACUACGACAAGGGACGGCGCACGGAUGGACGUAAUCUCGUCGAGGAGUUCGAGGCCUUGGACGCGGGCAACACCUUUGUGAAAACGCAGAAGAAGCUGCUCAAUGUGAAUGCCACUGAAACCGGACGAUUGUUGGGUUUGUUCAGCAAGAGCCAUAUGCACUAUCACCUGGAGCAGCUGGACGAUCCGGAUAACAAUGAGCCCACCCUGGAGGAGAUGACACAGAAGGCCAUUGAAGUUCUGGAAACCGAAGAGCAGGGCUACUUCCUUUUCGUGGAAGGAGGUAAGAUUGACAUUAGCCACCACGAUACAAUGGCACGCAUUGCCUUGGAUGAGACCGCUGAGCUCUCGAAGGCGGUCAAGAAGGCUAGGGAGAUGACCAAUCCGGAGGAGACCCUCAUUGUGGUGACCUCGGAUCACUCGCACACCUUCAGUAUCUCCGGCUAUCAGCCUCGAGGCAGCGACAUCUUUGGAGCUGCCAAGGCGAAGGGCUCGGAUGGCAAACCCUAUCUGGCCCUGAGCUACGCCAAUGGCAAGAGUUUCCAGGACUUCUACAACACGGAGACCCACGAGCGUGAGGAUCCCACCAGUCUGCCCACAAUCGGAGACUUUGAUCAGCUCUUCCCCGCGAUGGUGCCCCUGGAGUCGGAAACCCAUGGUGGCGAGGAUGUGGGUGUCUUUGCCUCGGGACCCUGGGCACAUCUCUUCACCGGCGUCUACGAGCAGAACACCAUUCCCCACAUGAUGGCAUUUGCUGCCUGCGUGGGCGAUGGACAAACCGCCUGCGAUUAGGAAACGCCAUCAGGAGGAGUUGAUUGACAGACAGAAGGACUCUUAAUUAGCACAUCCACUAGACGAUUCUCACGUACGCUUUAUCGUUUUAAAUGAAUACUCAACAAUUGACAGGUGCUGGAACACGCGGCUCUCGAGGAAUUAAUUUCGAUCAGGGAUUACCAAAACCAAUACUUCAAUAUACAAUUUCCUAUCAAUGUUAAAAACCAAAUGUACUUAUAGUGUCUGAUUAUAGGCAGACAAUGAAAGCCCGAUUAAAGCUGAUUAUAUUAAUAAGA